AUGCUCCGCGGGAAAGUAGAUCCGAAAAAAGAAGAACAGGUGAGCGAUGAUGAAGUUUUUAUACGAAGACACGUUUUUUAGGACCGUCUAACUGGUAUCCUGCUCGACAUGCUCAAAGAAGAAGAAAACAAGUAUUGCGCCGAUUGUCAAGCUAAAACUCCGAGGUCAAAUUUUUUAAAAUUCUUUUUACAAUCUUCCUUUUGAAAUGCCGGUACUUAUUUCACCCUUGUUCUUAAUUUUCGGAACCACAUCUAGUUUUACUGAACUUGAUAGCAGCUAUGUAACUGCUGAAAGUCUCAAAUGAGCAGAUUCCGGUUGAAAAUUUGACCGAAGUCAAUCCCUGGCGAUUAUAUAGUGGCUAGCGAAUGACUUCGUUCAUAUUGCCCGUGAAACUUCGAAAAACCGAAUUUCAUACUUAUUUAUCCCAUUGCAUCAAUUUUUUCUAGAUGGGCAGCUUGGAAUCUCGGUGUUUUCAUAUGUAUUCGUUGUGCGGGAAUUCAUCGAAACCUCGGAGUCCACAUUUCCAAGGUUUGUUGAGGAUUCAAAGGGCGACGAAAGUUUCAUCUUGGCUUUUACAUUAAAAUAGACUUUCUAUUUCUCUCUGACCCUUCGAACAAAUUCUGAAAAACAAGAACGCCAAAAACUAUUCAAAAUUUUAACUUUUCUUCGCCAUUUAAUCGAACUCAUUUGCUUGUUUAGGUUCGAUCUGUGAAUCUGGAUUCUUGGACGCCAGAUCAGGUGCAAACUAUGCGUGUAAUGGGUAAUGAGAAAGCUCGGAGGGUAAUUUUUUGUUCUAAAUGAACGAAAAAUCGUCCCUUUUUGAGGUUUACGAAGCGGAAUUACCCGAAAACUUUCGGAGGCCCACCUCCGACAGUCAAAUGGAGCAGUUCAUUCGUAGUAAAUACGAACAAAAAAGGUUUUUCAGAGCUUUUUAGAAUUCUUCUUUUCGAACAGAAAUAUUCGAAAAUCAUCAAAUCAAAUGAACCAAAAGUUUUACGUUCAUUCUAACCGAUGAUCAAAGUCCGAAAGUCAAACAUAUUUUUUUAAAUGCGGCGAAUUUUAGGUAUCUUCUGCGCGGCUUCACUUAUCCGAAAGUCGACGCGUCGGAAUUGCCGAAAAGUGUGCCUGUUCGUGGUCCGGCCAUUAUCAAAAAGCCCAUAACCAAUGUUGAUGUCAAUUAUUCGGGGGUUCGUUUUUUCUACACUUUAUACUGAAAAUGUUCGAGCGUUACUUAGAACAUUUUUGUGGACACUGUAGAGGUUUUUCAAGGACUACAUGGAAAUUUCGUUUUGGAGCAAUCUCCCCUAGGUCUAUCUACUAUAAAAGCAUUGAUUCAUAAUUCGAUGCUCACCGCGCGCACAGCCCUUGUUGGACCUCUAUUGUGCCCAAUAGUUUUUAACCUCGUAGGUGGUCAUAAAUUUAACCACUAAAAUGCCACUAUGACGUCAAAAAAAUGUGAUAGUGGUCAUUGAGAAUUUUCUCAAACAAUUCACUCUUUUGAAAUUUUCAGAAGUUGUCUCCAAGUCAGCCGAAUGGCAACAUUCAAAGCAAAACGGUAUGUUACUAUAUUUUCUAUUUUUUUGUUUUAAGAUUUUCAGUUUCCAGGUUAACGAUCUGCUCGAUUUUUCGGGUCCUUCUGAAACAGUGUCGGCUGGACCGCCGCUGGUCGACAAUUUAUUCGCCGAUUUUGCUGAUUUAUCGAUUCAACAAGUUUGGAUUUUCUUGUUAUCCCAACUUAUAGUCCGUUUUUCGCGACUUGAAAGGGCGGCACUUCUCAGCGCCCUACUCGUUUUUUGACGACUCUCUGAUUUUGAAUUGAUAUUUUCAUGUAUCACUGACCUCGCCGGUGAGGGAACAGAAAGACGCAGACACCCGGGAACUGUCAAGUCGCGGCGGGCGGACUAUAUUUUCGAAUUUUACAUUACAACUGUAUUGAAUAGAUGAUGAUGUCAAAAAACAGGUAUAAAAGCGUUGCACGUUUUCAGCAACAGUCGCCAAACCCAGCCCCGUCCGACGACUUUGACGACUUUGGCUCUUUUGUCUCGGCUUCAACGGCUGGGAAUUCGAGCAAUCAGACGGCCAAUGGUCAAGAUUUCGCCGACUUUGCUUCGGCGUCGCAACCGCCCGUCAACCUUUCCCCGACAGAACCGGCGGCCGCGUCUACCGGUGACAUCAAGCGCUCCAACGCUGACAUUCUUUCCCUGUUUGGUCCGUCGUUGGCUGGAGGAGGUCGUCCUCCAAACUCACUGGCCAAUGGAACUGCUCCGGUUCUGGUCGCGCCUGGGGGUUUCACCGCCUUUGGAAUUCAGGUCAAGCCAUUCCAGCCUUCCUUUCCUUUGCAACUAAAUAGCAGCCCCGUUGGGCUGUUACGUCACAAGUUUGGGAAACGGGUGCUCUAUGGGUGCUACGGCCGAUCACCCGGCAUUUUUUAACUUUUCGAAUGAUCUUGCCGAUUCACGGCUAACUUUGGACGCAAAGAGGCGUGGCCUGUCUGCGCUCUCCUCUAACGAGGCACUGUCUCUUUUCUUAUCGUGUCACCUUUCUUUCGAUGUUUCAAGCCAGCCGUGUAUCAGCUACACUACCGUAAGAAAAGAUACGAAAAAAACGCUUAUUUGAUCAUAACUUUCUUGUACGGAGUUUGAUCUUUCUAAGACCUUCUGUAGUGGGAUGAAAGUUCUUUGUAUCACUCUGGUGGCAUUUCAAUUCGCAAAAAAAAACGCAGCUUAGAAAGUUAAGAAAAAAAAACGAUGAAAUUUUGAGCAAAAAAAAAAUGUUCGUAUCUUUUCUGGCAGUACUGUAUAUCACAAACAGAGCAAGAACUUCGUUUUUCAAAAAAUAAAGUUCCGAUUUUUUCCCACUUCUCGCUUUGGAAUAUCAAAACACAGUCAAAUCUCAUCAAAAAAAAGAUCCACUUACAGGCAGCUCCUCAGUCUGCACAGCAGUCAUAUUUGCCCAACGUGCCAAUUUCGCAAGCAACGACGACUUAUGACGCGUUCGGCGGCCUCGGAAGCGUUAACUUGACCCCUUCCCAACAGUUUCCACAGCAAUCACAACCUAUGAUGGCCCAGCAGUUCGGUGCAUUCCCACCCCCACAACUCUCUUCCGGUUUCGGAAUGGCCGCUUACGGCGCUUCUCAGCCAAAAGUCUCCUUGCCGACGUCGACGACAACCUCUGCCGCCGGUUUCAGCAUUCCCAACAAGAACAAUGCUUUUGCUGACUUAUCACUUGGCAAGGUGUGUACGCAUUUUCUUCUCUAGUUCAUUCGCCCCAGAUUGUAGUAGAGCUUCAGAAGUUCUCGGCUGCGAUUAGAAUUAAGGACAAAAAGCCGUUUCUAGAAAUGACGUACUUCUCAUCGAUUCUCAAAUUAUUAAAAAUAUUUGAGUCACUUCAGUUUCACUUAUGUGGCUCGCCAAACUACCAAAAAAAAAAAAUCAGCGGUCCUAAUGUUUUCUUCUUGUCUUAAAGGUUAUGAAGACUUCGUACGGACAGAGCGCAAUACACCCGGCUCAACAGCCAAUCAAGGCUCCUUCACCGUCGGGUGUGCCGACGACCAAGUCAGCCGCUGUCAUUUCCGACGACCCGUUCGGCAUGUUCAACACGGCGCCACCGUCCAUUACCGCCGCCACUACCACCACAAACUAUUCUUCAACGAACUUCGACGAUUUGCUCGGCCUCUAG